CCAGAAAUUAAAGAUCCGAAAGUUGAGGAGUCAGAAAUUAAAGAACCAGAAAUUAAUGAAGCAGAAAUUAAAGGACCAGAAAUUAUGGAGCCAGAAAUUAAAGAACCAGAAGUUAAGGAGUUAGAAAUUAAAGAACCAGAUGUUAAAGAAUUAGAAAUCAAAGAACCAGAAGUUAAAGAAACAGAAAUUAAAGAACCAGAAGUUAACGAAGCAGAAAUUAAAGAGUCAGAAAUUAUGGAGCCAGAAAUUAAAGAACCGGAAGUUAAGGAGUUAGAAAUUAAAGAACCAGAUGUUAAAGAAUUAGAAAUCAAAGAACCAGAAGUUAAAGAAACAGAAAUUAAAGAACCAGAAGUUAAAGAAACAAAAAUUAUGGAGUCUGAAAUUAAAGAACUAAAAACUACGGAGUCAGAGAUCAAAGAACCAGAAAUUACAAAGUCAGAGAUCAAAGAACCAGAAAUGAUGGCGUCAGAGAUUAAAGAACCAGAAGUUAAAAAGCCAGAAGACGUUAAGGAACUGGGAGAAGCGAAGGAAUUGGAAAUAGAAAAGACAAUCCAAGUUGCAGAAAACAAAAUCGUCGAAGCAGCUGCAACGGCGGCCGUGACCGCUGCAGCAGUCACAGCGGGUGCAGCUGCAGCACAAAGCAAAACGAAAUCAAAGGUAUCCGCAGCAAAACCAAUGAAAUCUUCUUCGAAGACACCUGCACCGAAAUCAGUGCCAACGUCCCCCUCGAAAACUCCAAGUUCCACGACGCGUACGCCGACUGCGGCAACGAAAAAGCCAUCGACACCCUCUCGUCCGAAAGAUCUAGACGCUCCGAAGAAAUCUACGGUUUCAACCGCUGCAACGGCCAGCAAACCAUCAGUUUCGAAGACCGCUACAAAAACAACGACAUCGACUACUACAACGAAACCAACUAGCAGAACCAACGUCAGCAGUGUCUCUAAACCAAAACCUGUCGCCACGACAUCCUCGCCGAAACCGACUUCCACCGAUAAGAAACCUACUGCAAACGGUGACGUGAAACCUUUGACUAAACCAACCGCGACUAAACCUUCUAGCAAAACACCGUCCAUAACCAAAACCACGCUAGUCAAAACAUCCACUACGCGACUGUCCUCCGGAACAACGACGAAACCGAAACCAGCAUCUGCUACCACCACGACCGUCAAAUCCAGCAUAACUCCAAAAUCCAGCAGCACCGCGACCAACGCUUCCAAUACUACCACGGCGGCUAGUACGAGACCUAAAACGGCUCCAGCCGUUGGAAAUGCUAUGAAAGCUCGCUUAAACGCCAGCAAGUCGCCGAUAAUCGAUAAACAAGUUAAAGAAACAGCCAACAAGCAGAUUUCCAUGGGGCGAACAAGUACCGCUGCUAGCAAGACGACUCGUUUAUCUACCAGUGCUUCUACCACAACCACGGUAAAACGUGUAUCCUCGACAACGAAAACUACCACGGCUGCGUCACCAACCAAGAAAUCUACCACUGUAACGAAAGUUUCCAAAACUUCGUCUAUGGGAAAAACAAGCAUCGACAAAGGAAAGGUACUACAGAAUGGCGUGUCUGAGAUAAACGCGUUAAUCGACUCGAUGAUCGAUGACGUACCGAAAAAAGAUCUGUCGCCUGUUGUUACUCCAAACGAUAACCAGCUGAUCAUGAGUUCCGAUUGAAUUUGCGGUAAACAAGACCGAUUUCAAUCUUAGUUUUAUGUCGAUCGUACAUCACGCACUGAUAAACGUUCUAUAUUUACCAAAAAAAGAGAAACAUCAGAACAUCCGCUAAAAAAAAAAGUAGUUUCUUAGGGAAUAUAUAACGAACCGGAAAAAGUUUUUACUAUAAUUAGCGUAAACUAUAAAAUAUAAUAUAUUAAUGUGUAUAUGUACCGAUGAAGUAAUAAGUCUGUUUAUCUAUAUCGGCGGAGAGAGAUUGUGCGAGAGAAAGAGAAUGGAUGAAAGCGUGAGAGAGUGAGAGAAAGAAAGAGAGAGAGGGAGAGAGAGAGAGAGCGUGCGAGAGAGGGUGGUGUAAGAGAGAAUAUAUACUAAAAAAAAAAAAGAAAAAGAAAAAAUAAAAUAUAUGCUAUCGCUUUUGACUGCUUCGAUCGUACUGGAAAUGUGAUGUCUUGCUGGUAGCAAAAGAUAUGUAAUAAAAUCGGAAUGCGAGAGAGAGAGAGAGAGAGAGAGAAGAAAGAAGAAACGCGAAUUAAAAAGCGAGGAAAAUAUCGAAUGUUUUUUUUUUUUUUUUUUUUUUUUU